GAUGCCGUACCGGUGAUAGGGCUGGGUAUACAUGAAAACUCCGGGCACAUUGACUUUUACCCCAAUGGCGGAACCACACACCAACCUGGUUGCAUUAUCAACAGAGUCACCUCGGUUAUUCAAAAUGGUCUAUUUUCUGCCGUGGCAUGCAAUCAUUUCCGCUCAGUUGACUUUUUCAUAGCCAGUAUAAACCCGAAAAACCCUAAAGCUGUGGCCACCCAGUGCUCCGACUAUAUCUCAUACCUUUCCGAAAGUUGCAAUGUUGAUGGCAUAGAUAAUAACGUGGCACAAGCUAUAAUGGGUGAACAGGCCGUACUGUCUAAACCGUAUGAGAAAAGUGCUAUCUUAGCCGCGUUUAUUACUCUAGGCUCGUGCCAACUGUUUGGCCUAUUUGGGCCACCCAAACCGGCUCAAUUUACCACCAAGUUCAAUCUAUACACGCGUAAUAACAAACAAACUGCCCAGGUGCUUACAUCGCGCGACGCUGGUAAUCUGGCCGCUAUCACCAAGACCAAUUUCAAGGGCUCGCUGAUGACCAGGUUCAUUGUCCACGGCUUUGUCGACACCACAUCUGCCAGCGUAUGGAUGGGCAAAAUGAAAGACGCGUUUUUGGACGCCGGCGACUGUAAUGUGUUUAUUGUCGACUGGAGUGCCGGUAAUGGACUUUUGUCGUAUGACCAGAGUGCUUCUGGAUUAUCGGUAGCAAAUGUGCAUAUAUUGGGCCACUCAUUGGGCGCACACAUCGCCGGAUACGCCGGGCAGGCAUUUAAUGGACAGUUAGGCCGUAUCACUGGCUUUGACCCAGCUGGUCCUGGUUAUGCCGGUAAAGAUACCAAGGACAAACUCAAUCCAUCAAACGCUCAAUUUGUGGAUGCUAUACACACCGACACAUUCCCAUUGAUAGGGUUGGGUAUAAAUGAAAACUCAGGUCACGUGGACUUUUACCCUAACGGCGGUCACGACCAACCUGGUUGCGUUAUCAACCGAUUGGGCUCCUUUAUCGAUAACGGAUUAUACGGCGGUUUUGCGUGCAACCACUUUAGGUCAGUGGAGUUUUACACGGCUAGCAUCAACCCUAAUAACCCUAAGGGUGUGGCCACCCAGUGCUCGGACUACAGUACAUACCUGUCCGGUGAUUGCGAUGAUAGUGCCGGCGCUAAUGGAGGCACUGUUAUAUUCGGUGAACAGGCAAUACUGGCCAAGCCUUACGAGAGCAUCACUGUUGGCAAAAAAUAUUAUUUGACCACGGGCGCUUUCUAUCCGUUUUUUGAAACUAAAUAACUAAUUUAUUUUGAUAAAAAUUAACAUAUUGACA